AUGCCGUCUUUCAAAGAUGAACAUAUCCUGAUUAUUGCGCCAGGGUCGCAAACUACCCUGGCGCAAUUGGGGCUUCCGGACUCGUUCACGCCGGCGAAGUUUCGUUUUCCGACUCGCAUGUUUCCAGCUGAAAAGAAGGGAGAAUGGGAGCCAUUUAAGAUACGUCAAAAGGUUAUCACCGUUAAAAAGACUAUCCCUAAGGACUCCGCCACUCGCAAUGAUGCCACCGCUCCUACUACAGGAACCUCCAAUGCCGCCGAGAAAUCAGAAGAUACCGAAAUGAAAGAUGCCGCCGACGGUGUGCAACAACCAGCAAAGGAACAGGACACGCGGCCCGAACUAGUGGAGGUGGAGGAAGAGCAAGUCGUUUACGAAGAGGAUCCAACAUCAGAUGAAGGAGCCGUCUACCCCAUACGCGGUGGUGCCGUUGUCGAUUGGACGUGCUUUUUCGCCUUGUUAACACAUAUCUAUAAUACGCUGAGCCCUCCAUUCCAUACUCCGAUUAUGCUCAUCGCGGAGCCGGUCUGGACCCUACGCGACCGUGAGACACUCACACAGUUUAUAUUUGAAAAGUUUAAGACGCCGGCAUUUUGCUUGAUGGAUUCUGCCGUGGCUGUAUGCUAUGCCUAUGGAACCCCGAAUGCCACGGUUGUUGAUAUUGGUCACGAAAAGGCGGAUGUGACUGCUGUUACAGAUUUCAUGGCCAGCGAAUAUGGAAGGGGAAUCGCAUUACCAGGCUGCGGUGGCGAUGCCAUGACUAGCCGCCUUUUUGAGUUGCUGCAGUCCCAAGGGUUUACUCGAGAAAUGUGUGAGCAGCUAAAAAGGAGCAAUAUAUGCGAAAUUCUUCCAACCGGGACUCCCCUGCCGACAAGUGGACAGGACCGGGAACCGGCCAAAGCUCCGCCACCGUCUGCUCCUGGAAAGGGCCCGGAUAUCGCUCGAAAUGUUGGCAAUGGUGAUGCUGAAGAUGAUGAGGGUAUUCUCGAUGUGGCUGCCAUCGUGAGUGGGAAUACGAGUGAGUACCUGGCAAAAAGAGAGAGAGAAAAGGCAGAGAAAGCCGCUACCCGUAAAGGACACGGAGAUCCAAGUGCCACUACGAAACAAGUGCGCCUUCCGAAUUCCAAAAAAGAGAAGGCGACUUUCCAAUUUCAAGAGUACAAACCCGUUGAAUCCAGAGACGAGAGUGGCCAGAAAACAAAGCAGUUCGUUUUACACAAACGAGACGUUGAAGUCGGGACUGAAAGGUUCUUGGCUACAACUCCAAGCGACACCAAGGCUAGCGAACACGGCUCCUAUAGCAUUCUCGACACGCUCGCGGCGCAGAUACAUCAUACAAUUCAUUCUGUCUCCGACACGUCGAAGCGAAGCGAAUUAUGGGAUUCCAUGAUCAUCCUUGGAAAUGGAAGCAAAAUACGAGGAUUCCCCCAAGCACUUGUUUCCACAAUAACGCAGAAAUACGUGCUAUCGCCUUCAGGCACCAUAUUCACUUCCGAAAUCCCCUCUGCACUCUCCACUCCUCUUCCCACAGGAGGCACAAAUACCCCCGCACACCAGCCGAACCCUAGUCCACUCCUACACCCCGCUGCCCAUGGAGUAAACCCUCUUCUUGUUGCUGCUACUCACGCAAAUAACCCGAUUGCCCCUAAUCACCUAAAUCCAAGUAUGAACAACCCCGCAGACCCGAACGCUUCUGCGCACCACAGGUCAACAGGGCAUUCCCAAACCCCGACUUCCGUCAAACUUCUCAGACCACCGGAGUACUUUCCGGAAUGGAAAGAUCAAGGAAGUGGUGGGAGCUCCGCGGCGUCAAUGGCAGCAAAUAACGUCUCUGCUUCUGGAGGAGCUGUAACGGGUGUAGCGACUAGCUCUAACAACGUUGGUAUGGAGGAGGCAACAUUCUUGGGAGCGCAGGUCGCUGCAAAAGUUAUAUUCGUCAUUGACCAGGGUUUGACAAAAGGAUUCCUGAGUCGUGUUGAGUACAAUGAUGCAGGGCCCACUGCGAUUCACGACUACUCGGUAUAA